AUUAUCAUUCGGCCUUGGAAAAAUACCUUUCUUCAUCAUGUAGGCACAGUUUUAUCGCGGAACCCCCUGCUUUCAAUUUAGUAAAAUAUAGGCCAAAAUAUAUAAUAAAUAAUGGUAAUCUUAUUGUACAAUUUUCAUUUAUCCAUCUCAAAUUCAUUAAAUUUUAAGAAGCCCCUUUCACCAAGCUUUGCUCUUCAUCGGGUACGAGUGGUUUCAUCAACUAAAGGCAUCUUGAGAGCAUCCUUAAAAAUGUCUGAGUCUUCCCAGAACCCAGUAGUUAAGCAGGAUAAAGUUGUAAUUCCAAAUAAGUAUGGUGAAAAGCUUGUAGGCAUAUUACAUGACACUGGAUCUACUGACACUGUAAUAGUGUGCCACGGUUUUCGAUCCACUAAGGAAGAUACUACUAUGGUGAACCUCGCUGUUGCCUUAGCAAAUGAAGGAAUUAGCGCCUUCCGUUUUGACUUUGCUGGAAAUGGGGAAAGUGAAGGUUCAUUUGCGUAUGCAAAUUAUUGGAGAGAGGCUGAUGAUUUACAUGCUGUAAUCCAACACUUUUGUGGAGCCAAUCGUGUAAUAAGUGCAAUUCUUGGGCAUAGUAAAGGAGGCGGUGUUGUGCUUCUAUACGCUUCUAAGUACCAUGAUAUCCAAUCAGUUGUUAAUAUUUCUGGCCGUUAUGACAUGAGGGGAGGCAUUGAAGAACGCCUGGGGAAAGACAUUAUGGAAAGAAUUGAGAAGGAUGGCUUCAUUGAUAUUAAGAAUAAAACAGGAAGUGUUGAAUAUCGUGUUACAAAAGAAAGUUUGGUGGACCGUCUUAAUACAAACAUGCAUGAAGCGUGUCUUCAGAUCGAUGAGGAAUGCAGGGUCCUGACAGUCCAUGGAUCAGCUGACAAAGUUAUACCCAUUCAAGAUGCACACGAGUUUGCGAAGAUCAUACCAAACCACAAAUUGCAUAUUGUAGAAGGAGCCAAUCAUGGAUACACUAAACAUCAAACUGAACUAGCAUCGGUUGUUCUGAAUUUCAUAAAAGAGGGUCUGAAGAAGAAUUAGCAUCCAGGUUAAAAGGAUUUUACCCUCAACAAUUUAAGGGAUUUUUGGUCGAUUAUUCAAGGAGAGAGUUUGAACCUUCCUUUAAGCGGAAAGCUUAGAAAAAUGAGUGGGAUGUUUAUAUUUGUUUCUGAUAUGCAUAUUGCUAUUGUCAAGAGAAUUUAAGGUAAAAUGGAGUCAGCAUCUGAGUUAUUUAAGUUAAUUUCUUUGCGUGUAUUUGAUGUUUUGUUAAGUAUAGUGAAUUUGAAAUUUGCUGGACUUGAACUUAUAGAUGUAGCCAAUGUUCCUUUUACUUUAUUGUUAAUUAUUUUUAAUUUCGUUGUUUGAUUAA